AUGGGCCCCAAAGUGUCUCCAGCAAAGAACCCACAGCCCGUCAAGCCGUCACCGGGCCCAGCUGUACAUGAAUUGAGCGGAUCCCCAAUCAAAACCCGUGACGCCAAUAGUUUUGCACCUGCUAGGAUUGGAAGUGAAGCAAAGCUGUCACCAGGCAAGGUUGCGGAUGAGAAGAGGACAUCCCCCGUCAAGACAAGGUUCCAAGGAUUUACCCCGGAAAUGGAGUCGAAGCCGACCUUUGGGACUUCACCCAGGAAUUCUGGCGGAUCCCCAGCUCCAGAUGUGAACAAGCCACUUCCUCAGCCCAUCAAAGACGUGGCACGAGGCGUGAUCACCCCCCCUGCAUCAACGGCAUCCUCGAAUUCCAGCACUCCUAAGAAAGAAACCACCUCACCAGUCAUGGAGAGGCCAUAUGCGGCGGAGGCUAAGAGGCCUGACGAAGAUGAUGCCCACGACGAGCGUGCCCUCAGAGAGGCUGUCAAGGCCUCGAUUACGCGACAAAUCAGCCUCUCCCGCGAGCAACGAGAUAUGCUCAAGCCUUACCACAGCCAAGGCUACAAAAGUUCGAGUCCUCCCAAGGCUAAACCCCUCACCAUUCAAGAGAUCGCUACCGGGAAGCACGAACGAGUCGCCGAAACCAAGAAGGCGACACCAGUCAUCAUCACUCCCGGCCCUGAGCCGGAGGAUGCUUCGCCCAGCUAUUUUUACCGAAACAGGAAGAGCGAGCUCGUUAUCCUUGAAGGAGCAUAA